AUGGGUGUGGCCAUAAUCUAAAGAGAAUCAGGAGCAAUUAAAAAAUGGACUUCUGGAAUCUGGCAGUCAAAAUAAUUUUCUUAUCACAAACUACAACAGGAAUUCUGGGGAAUUUCUUUCUUCUUAUCCACUAUCUAAUCUACUAUACAGAACAUGCAUUAAAGCCCACAGAUUUGAUUCUCAUGCACCUAAUGGCAUCCAAUGUUUUGAUAGUUCUCUCUAAAGGAAUGCCCUACACACUUGCAGAUUUCGGGUUGAAGAACUUUUUAAAUGAUUUCGGAUGCAGAUUAAUUUUGUACAUUCAAAUGGUGGGCCGGAGUGUGUCCAUUAGCACAACCUGUCUCUUGAGUGUCUUCCAAGCCAUCAGCAUCAGUAACAGAGAAUCCUGUUGUGAAAAUCAAAAGUUGAAAGCUGCAAAGUAUAUUGGCUGCUCCAUUUCCUCUCUCUGGGUCAUGUCCAUAAGUAUAAAUUUCAUUUUCUUUGUCUACAUACUUGUCAAGAGGAAUAGCAAAAACACUACAAGAAACCGAGAUUAUAAGUACUGUUCUACUGGAGGGGGUGAUGAUAUCAAUGCCGUACUCUAUACAGCAUUAGUGGUGUGCCCUGAAAUCUUCUUUUCUGUGCUCAUUGCCUGGUCCAGUGUCUCCAUGAUUGUCAUUCUGUACAGACACAAGCAGAGGGUUCAACACAUCCACAGCUGUCCUGUUUCCAGCAAAAACUCACCAGAAUCUCAAGCCACUAAGAAGAUCCUAGUCCUGGUGUGUACCUUCCUGGCAUUUUAUACUCUCUCCUCUGUCUUACAAGGCUGCAUUGCUCUUCUAUAUAAUCACAGUUGGUGGCUGGUGAAUGUCACUCGCUUCACUUCUCUGUGUUUUCCAUCCUUUGGACACUUUGUUCUUAUGAGUCAUUACUCUUUUAUGCCCAGAUUCACUUUGAUCUGGAUAUGGAAUAAAAUCUCCUAA